UCAGUAUGUCACAAAUCGGUGACUCACGUUGGAUAAUGAAUUUACCUCACACCUGUGUUUUGUGCGUUCACCUGUUUUAAUUAAUUUAUUUUCUAGUUAAUAUAAGUUUCAACAAUGAAAACUUGUUAGUAACAACGGAAUUCAAACAAAACAUUCACUUUCAAUCAUUAAUUAGUAUUUAUUGGUGAAAAUAAAGUACAAGUUGUACAAUAGUGCGGAGUUAGCUUGUUUUUGUUUUAAAUGCGUUUCUUUGUUUAGGUAACUCAGUGUUUCUUAUAUUUAAAUAAGUACAAUGGCGGAGAAAAAAAUACAAGAAAACCCGCUGCCAGAAGUACCACAAGAACCUGUGGACAAACCAAAAGAUGUACCAAAACCAGUCCCAAAAACCACUACAGUGCCCAUUGCUCCAGUGCCUACAAAUAGAUUUGGUAUUCCGUCGCUAACGAAGACACCUCCCAAUGAGUUGUAUAGAAAACUCCUGCCAGCUAUUCUGUUUGUGCUCACGUUUGUUACUGUGAUGACCAUGCUGCUCAUUUAUAUGGAUACUGUUGCGAUGGGCGCCCAACAGUUCCGUCUCAACAUGUCGCAAGAUUACGAGCUGGCCAGCAUCCCGGCAGAAUCACCGAUACUCAUAGCGUAUGUGAGACAGUUGCAUCUCGCGCCUCGCCCUCCGAAGAACCCACCACCUGUGCCCAAUAUAACAGAUCGGGUGGAGGUUCUUGAUCGACUUUAUGGAGAGAUUUACAACGGGACAUUUGUCGAGAUCCUACCCCAAGGUGACCGCGAACCAACCACUUCAUACCUUGAAAUGGUGCGAGGCUGGAAGGGCGUGGCCGUUAGGGCUGCGCCUCGUGACUUUCUCUCACUACGGGGUGCUGCUAGCGCUCUGCACGCUUGUCUCAGCCCUACUGCACAUCCAAGAGAGGUGAGCUACCAAGAGCCCGAGGGGGGUGGCAGCUUGUUCAGCUCGCGCGUGCUGUGCCUGCCGCUGCACACGCUGCUGCUGGCGGCGGGCGUCACGCGGCCGCACUACGCGCUGCUCGCCGGCCGCAGCGUGCCCGCCGCGCUGCGCCGCCUGCCCGCCAGCGCCAAGCUGCAGGUCAUAGAAUUCCGUUCCAACGACCAAGCAGCAAUACGCAACACGACAGAGUACUUGCUAAGCGUCAACUACACAGUUGUGGCCACAUUCCACGACUCGGUCAUGUACGCGCUCACGGACACGCUCACACGCACUUCCGUGACCACGAAGAGUUCGUGGUCACCGUAAAUGGGCGCGAAAGUGGAAUAACACUUCGUGGUCACCGUAAACGUGCGAGAAAUUAAGAGAUACUUUGUUGACCACGGAAAUACUUAACAUGUACAGAUAAGACCUAGAAUGUGCAGAGAAAUGUUGCUAGAAAUAUUUCAAAGGCUUUUGUAAUGUUCGAUUGGU